AUGGGCUUCACCACGCUCGCACUGCUACUCUUCUCCCUCUUCCUCCUCCUGAAGCUGAUCAUUGUCGGUCGCUACACAUGGCCGACACGCGCGCUCCGACUGCCUCCCGGCCCAUGGCAACUGCCUCUCGUCGGCAGCUUGCACCACCUCCUGCUGUCGCGCUUCGGCGAUCUACCCCACCGGGCCAUGCGCGAGCUCUCCCGCACACACGGCCCCCUCAUGCUCCUCCGACUCGGUGCCGUGCCGACGCUGGUGGUGUCCUCCGCCGAGGCCGCUCGGGAGGUGAUGAAGACCCACGACGCCGCCUUCGCCGGCCGCCACCUGAGCGCCACGCUCGAGAUCAUCAGCUGCGGCGGGCAAGGCAUACUCUUCUCCCCCUGCAACGACCGCUGGCGCGAGCUCCGCAAGGUGUGCGUGCUGGAGCUCUUCAGCCAGCGCCGCGUGCUGUCCUUCCGCCCCGGCCGGGAGGACGAGGUGGCGCGGCUCCUCCGGUCCGUGUCCGCCGAGUGCCGCGACGGCCGCGCCGUCAACCUCAGCGAGAAGAUCUGCCGCAUGAUGAACGACGUGGUGGUGCGCGCGGCCGUCGGCGGGAGGUGCGCCCGCCGCGACGAGUUCUUGCACGAGCUCGACGAGGCAGUGCGGCUCACCGGCGGCUUCAACCUCGCCGACCUGUACCCGUCGUCGCGGCUGGUGCGCCGCUUCAGCGCGGCCGCGCGGGACAUGGGGAAGUGCCAGAGGAGCAUAUUCCGCAUCGUGCAAAGUAUCAUACAGGAACGCGCCGGCGCGCCUGCGCCGCCGGAGAGAGACGAGGACCUGCUCGGCGUGCUUCUGAGGCUUCAAAAGGACGGCGGGCUCCAGUUUGAACUCACCACCGAGAUCAUCAGCACCGCCAUUUUCGACAUUUUUGGUGCUGGAAGCGAGACCUCGUCGACGACGGUAGAAUGGGCAAUGUCGGAGCUCAUGAAGAACCCACGAAUCCUGCACAAGGCGCAAGCGGAGGUGCGAGAGGCCUUCAAGGGGCAGGGCAGGCUGAGCGAGGAAGACAUCGUCAAGGUGAGGCUGGGCUACCUGCAUCUGGUGAUCAAGGAGACCCUGAGGCUGCACCCUCCGGCGGCGCUCCUGCUGCCCCGUGAGUGCGGAACGUGCCGGGUGAUGGGCUACGACGUGCCCAAGGGCACCAAGGUGUUCGUCAACGUGUGGGCGAUCGGGCGGGACGACAGGUACUGGGGCGCCGACGCUGAAGCGUUCAGGCCGGAGAGGUUCGACCACAAGGAGAAGAGCACCGCCGUCGACUUCAAGGGCGCCGACUUCGAGUUCCUCCCGUUCGGAGCUGGCCGGAGGAUGUGCCCCGGCAUGUCGCUCGGGAUGGCCAACAUGGAGCUGGCGCUCGCUAGCCUCCUUUUCCACUUCGAUUGGGAGCUGCCCUCUGGUGUCAGGCCCCAAGAUCUGGACAUGACAGAGACCUUUGGCAUUACUGUGAGAAGGAACUCCAAGCUAUGGCUUCACGCACAGCCGCGUGUUCCGUGUGCAUAAACUGCAUAUUGAUUUGACGUGCAU